GCCGCUAUAACCACGCUCAUCCUGCUCCGUACAUUGUACACCGCUUUAUUUUGCACCGUCAUCGUGACUCCGUAGAGAGGGCUAUGCCCUCUAGCAGAGCUCGUACUCGCAACAAAGUCAGCUCUCGUAUCCUCAAGGCGUGCCAUAAGAUUAGAGACGCCAUCCGCUCGCCACUCGACAAGAAGCGCAAUACCUCAUCCUCGCCCUCUCGUACUCGACUUGCCAAGAUGGCCAACUUCACCGCCGGCGCUGCGACCGCCGCCGUCCCCUCCUCUUCCAAGCUGCAAGGCUUUCCUCUCCUCGCCAGCCUUCCUAUGGAACUACAGUGUCACGUCCUCUCGUGCUUGUCAAUCCGCGCCCUAUCCAAGGGCCUGGCCCGCACCAAUCGCUACUGGCACGCCCUCAUCGAUGCGCAUAUACGUCGCGAGCUCCUCGCCCUGGUAGCCGGCACCAGUGGCCUGGAGGGUCGUGAGCCCCGCACCCAGCUCAUCUUCGAGGCCCAGCGACCAAUCGAUACGGUCGUGAGCAAACACUCCUUGUUCUUUUCGCAUUUUGGGGUCACCAACUCGAUGCCAGGCGGCGUCUUCUCGACCAUCGCCAACUUUGUCUUUGUGCCGCCCGCCGCGCAGAGUAGCCAGGAUGAGAAGCAGCAGGGCAGUCAACCGGUCUCGCGAGCUUCAUCGAGGGGUCCGCCUGCGCCGCCCAAGAGCGUAGAGGAAGUGGCCAUGCAGCGCGGUGUGCAUCCUUCGUUGCUGGGACGAUUGAGAGAGGAGCAUCAUUCCAGCUCCGUAGUGGCGAGAUCACGCAGUGCGAGUCGCAGCGAGGGUUUCACAUUCGUUGCUGCGCCGCUGGACCAUCGUGACGCUCAACCAGUUGGGGGAGCCUCCUCAUCACGCAACUCGACCUUGGAGCCGCAGGCCAACCGCGGUGACUUCUCCUCUGACGCCUCGAUCCCCGAGGCAGGGAUAGACGACCUCUUCCCCGUAGCGAGCGCCUACGAUUGGGGAGCGCCAGUCUCCUCGCAAGUUGGAGGAGGCACGUCUCCCUCUUCCAUGCGAAGCAGAUCAAGAGCAAGAGGGUCAGGAACGGCUCCGCCUGAAGCUUCUCGGGGCAAAGGGCCGUACCAGCAGCCUACCUACAAGAUGCAGCUCGAUCCUCUGGAUUCCUUCGAGACGUGGAUCUUGAGCUUGACUAUUAGAAGCAAGAAGCAGAUAGGGAGCACGACCCGGUCCAGGGCUGGCUAUCCCUCGUCAACUCCAGGUUCGGCGCCUGCGUCGUACGAUUCGGGCUACUCGCAAACCCUACGCUUUCAGAAGCGAGUGGCAGAGGGACUCGACAGAGUGUAUCGAGAUUGGUUCUACGCGCCCUCGACUGCCGCUACGGAAGCUUCUUCGAGCACGAAUCUACCCGGCUCUUCGUAUCAAGCUGCGCUAUGGCAGACGUCCGUUACGCCCGAAGUCCUCAGCACUUUCGGCGCCAUUAAUCUGGCUGGACCGUCUCGGCACCCGGAGCAAGGCAUAGAGCAAUCCUCGCAAUGGCCUUCGCUACGCAAGCUCGAGGUCGACAACGCCUCCUGUCAAGCGGUGAUCCAGCCGCAUCCAGGGCCUACUUCUCCCGAGUCCUCUAGCAGCAGCGGCUCUGCGCACCCCGCGCUCCUCUCCUCCUACUCUCACGCCUACCUUGGCAGCUCAACAGCCUAUUCGCACCUGAACUCAACGCAUCGCAUGGAGAUGAAAUUUCACGUGCAGAGCCUCGAGGUUCACGCGGGCAGGUUAUUGAGCGCGCUGCUUGACUUGGAGGGGGAGGUCAGCGAGGCGGUUGCUGAAGCACGGGGUCGGGCGGCCGGUGUGGGUGGAAGUAGGUACGGGCUCGCAAGAGCUGGGGAGGCGAUCGUGGCCAGCGUCAGUGGCGGAUCCAGUGCCACGGCGGCGGGCGCAUCCGGUGCUGCUGAUGCGGCAGCUGCGGCCCAAUUCAUGGGACUGACGGACGGAGCUUGGGCUGGUCGCGGAGCCUUGCCGUACGGGCGCCAACAGAUGGCGAGGAGGACUGAGUACUUGAUCGAGGAUGCGGAGAUGCAGAUGUGAACAGGGGCCACGCGGGACUAAGAGUCAGAGAAGAGAGCAUAUCAUUAGAAAGCAUGAGCCGUCGUCACCAAACCAAGAGCCAAGACAUUUGUAAAUAGCGGCCAUUCACUACCAAGGGCUAACCGUAACCGAGUAAUCAAUGUUAGCCUUAUGCCCCUCA